UCAACUAGAUAUUCGACAGGAUGAUUUGAUUUUUUUAUUUGACUUAAAAAACAAUCGAAAAAACAAUCGGAAAGGACAAUUCUAAGCUAGAAAACCAUAUAACAUCUUUUCCAAACUUCAGAAAAACUCCGCAAAGCAGUUCGAAAAGGCGAAAUAUUAAAGGUAAAUCCACAGAACAAGGUUCACAGUGGAAAAAAAUCUCUAUUGGAGAGGAGAAAAAUCCAAUAAAAACACAUGAACCCUGCCGACGACGACAAGUUGCUGAAGGCACCACCAUCUAUUGAGGAAAACAGAAUGUCAGAUGAUGAGGAAAUUGUAGAAAAUACAAGCAAUAACAGCAGUGUGCCACAAGAUUUGUCUGCUGUAGGACAAAGAGCCAACUCUGACACAGCACAAAACGAAAACGAGCAACAACAACAACAACAACCGCAGCAACAAUCUCAACUACAACCACCACCACCUACACAAACAGACAUGAAAAGAUCAGCAGUUAAGAAACUCAUAGAACGAUAUUUUUAUCAGCUGCAACGAGGUUGUGGGAAUCCAAAAUGUCACAACCCCUAUUGUGCCUCCAGUGGCAAAGUGGCGCCCAUGACUCCCAACGAAAUUGCGGCAAAGGCUAUAUCGCUGUUUUCACAAGACGCCGAAUUGUGUGACCAUUAUACACAGCAACAGCCAAAAGUGCCCAAAACAGGACCCCAACAUGAAUCACCUUCCAGUUCACGAUCAGUUAGCAAUACCACCUCUUUGAAUAUCACUGAUAUGGAAAUGUGCUCGGCUAGUCAAGACCACAGCAGCGGUAGCAGUAGUUCGAAUAGUACCAUAACCUCAGGCUCGUCCUCGUCCAGCUCUACAGGCAGCAGCAAUACAAAUAUUUCCAGCUGUGCCACUGAAGAAUUGCCCCUUUUGGAGGCUCUCGGAGAAGUGGGAACACCGAAUAUAUCGGCGAAGGCAAAAUCAGCUAGUCCUCCGACAACACCCACCCUAGCCUCAGUGGAGUAUUUAAAUGAACAAAUACUCGAUGAACUCAUUGAGGAAUGCGCCAAAUUCAAUUCGUAUGAUCGUCUGAUACACGCCAUCAAUGAGGUGUAUUGCUCCGUUAAGAAACUGAGUAGGAGUUUUAAACGUCCACCAUUGGUUAAAUUGGCUUCAACAUCUGCUGCUCAAGCUUCAAAAUUACAAGAGAUUCUGGGGAAAUCUCCCCAACAGUUAAAAAAGGAAGACCUACGCACCUUAGAGGGAGAGCAUGACAAAGACGAGGAUAGUACAUGUAUCGAUGAGGAUGACGAUGAUAUCGCUGACAAUGGCGAGGUUUUGAGCGGGGAGGUGGAGUCAAUGGACGAUAUACGUCUAGCCUCCUCCAUUGCUGGUGGCAAUGAAAGUGAAGGUGGUGGCAGUACCGGCGAUACUGUGCAAGGUGUCCAAGAUAUCAUUGAACCCAUGGAUGAGGAUGAUGUCUCUGUUGAUUUGGAUGACAUAAUUGUGAUUGCGCAAAGCUGUGAUACCCAAGUGGAUUUGGAAAGUUUGCGUCGAGUGAAAAAGAAAUUAUAUGGACUGAAUAACAAUGAUGUGGGUGAGGCAUUGAACAACAAUAUCAUACUGCUGGCAGAGAGUAUAAAAUAUGGACGUUUCUAUGAUUGGGAGAAGAUUCUGCAUUGCUUUGUCAUAUGCUUCGAUAUGGCUACAACAACCUCCAAUCGUUUUGCUGAUUUGGAAUAUCUGGAAAGGAGUAUGCCUAAACUUUGCCAGGCAGCCCAAACUAUGCCAGUGCAAGCUCAAGGUCGUUUAGCUCGCAUAUGGUCGGUGCUUUGCAAGGAUCAGUUGCAAUCUUUUGUGCAGUGUUGCCAACAAUUGAUAACACUGCAGGUAAUACAAGAUGAGGAUACAGUUCAAGAAAAUAGUGAUGUCAUAGCAGUAACCAAAGUUUUAAAGAUUGCCUUCUAUGCUAAUAUUUUGGCUGGAGAAAUCGAUAAUUAUAGUACUUCUGCUGCCGGUUUGGCUGCAGCAGCCAAGGAACAAUCCGAAGACUCCGAUGCAGCAUCUAGCUCGGCUGCAUCGGGGUCUGCCGCUAAUAUUUAUGACGAUGGCAUGUUCCUUUAUUUUCCUUACAAUUCGUUUUCCGAAGAUAAAUUGGAAAAGGAAUUAAAUAUAUCAUGUAUGGAUUGUCGUGUUCCUUUAGUGCCCUACGAGGAGUUCUAUAAUGAGCCCCUAAGUGAUGCCAUACAAAUGGAUAGAGAUUAUCUGUCAUAUAAAAAUUUAUCACUAGAUCCAACGGGAGAAGACAACCAUUUUUCCUUUAUGUUAUACUCUUUCAUAUUGACCCCUGCCACCAAAGUAAUUGCCCUUUACUAUGACAGUCGCAUACGCAUGUACAGCGAACGCAAUUCUUCCCUGUAUUCAUUGUUAAACUAUUUUGGGGAUGGCAAUGAUGCGGGUGUACGUCCAGAUUUAAAACUAAAAGUACGACGUGAUAAUAUUGUUAAUGAUGCUUUAAUAGGGCUGGAAUUGGUGGCCAUGAGUAACCCAAAAGACUUAAAGAAGCAGUUGGUCGUAGAAUUUGUGGGUGAACAAGGCAUAGAUGAGGGUGGUGUUUCCAAGGAAUUCUUUCAGCUGAUAGUGGAGGAGAUCUUUAAUCCAGAUUUUGGCAUGUUCAUUUUUCAGGAAGAUACUAAUACCAUGUGGUUCAACACAGCACCUUUUGAGAAUGGAGCCCAAUUUGCUUUGAUCGGCAUUAUUAUAGGUUUAGCUAUUUACAACAAUGUUAUUUUGGCUGUGAAUUUUCCCAUGGUAGUCUACCGCAAGCUGAUGGGUGGUCAUGGGUCUUUCUAUGAUCUAAAAGAUUGGAAUCCCACUCUAUAUCGAAGUCUUAAAUCCAUGUUGGACUAUCAAGAACCUGAUAUGGAGGAAGUCUUUAUGCAAACCUUCAAGAUAAGCUACAAAAAUGUUUUCGAUGAGGUGGUAGAACACGAAUUGAAACCCGGUGGGGGCGAUAUAGCCGUGGGACAACACAACAAACAGGAAUUUGUUGAUUUAUACAGCGACUUUUUGCUCAAUACCAGCAUAGAGAGACAAUUUAAGGCCUUCAAAAAAGGUUUUGACAUGGUAACUGAUGAGUCUCCUUUGAAAUUACUUUUUAGACCAGAAGAAAUUGAGUUGCUAGUUUGUGGCAGCAGGAAAUUCGAUUUUGUGGAAUUGGAAAAAUCUACUGAGUAUGAAGGUGGCUAUACCAAAGACACUCAAAUUAUUCAAGAUUUCUGGAGCAUUGUUCACAGCCUUCCCGAAGAAUCAAAGCGUAAACUUUUGGAAUUUACCACAGGUUCGGAUCGUGUACCCGUGGGCGGUCUUAGCCGUCUCAAGCUAUUGAUUACACGACAUGGUCCCGACAGCGAUCGCUUACCCACUUCUCAUACAUGUUUCAAUGUGCUUUUGCUGCCUGAGUAUAGUAGCAAAGAGAAAUUAGAAGAAAGACUUUUGAAAGCCAUCAAUUACUCCAAAGGUUUUGGCAUGUUGUAGAUCAACAACAAAAACACGAAAACAUUGACCAAUCAAUCUCCCCCCAUCCCCUGCGAUUCCCACAUAUUUACUCAUUCAUCUGUACCAAAAAAAAAAAAAAAAAGAAAACAA